AUCACAUUCACUUGUCAUUUUUCAUGUGCUUCCAGUGCUUUGGUUUACUUCCUAGAUAUCAAUAGAGUACAGACACAUUAAUAUUCUCUGAAGUUUUUGAGAUAAUUCUAAUAUUAAUUUAUAUAGUAAGAUUAACUGUCAAAAUUUACUAGAUGGAAGAAAAAGUUGAUUCUGUGCAAUCUGCUCCUCUGGCCUUAGAUAAAAGAAUACAUUGCACUUGUCAACUUUUACAUUUUGUGUAUCUAGUCUCUGUUUUAUCUUUGAUCUCUGGAAUAACACUGAUUGUCUGGUGGAAAUAUGAAUCAGAUAAUACACUAGUAUCAAUUGAUUUCAUUAGUCGAAGUGCUUGGGAAGCAAAACCUGUCAAAACAACUGCUCAACCUCUGUGUGUGAAUCCACCUAGCAUUGUUGUAUUAAUGGAUAGUAAUACUGAUAGAUGCUACUCGUUUGAAGAUUGUUCUCAUCUUAUUAGAAAAAUUCAGGAGCAAGACAUUCCCAAGCAUGAUGAUAUAACAUAUAAUUUUCUUAUUGGGAAUGAUGGCCGAGUUUACGAAGGAAGAGGUUGGGAUACUCCAGGAUAUCACUCUGGACAGCUUAAUGAUAAAUCUAUAGGAGUUGCGUUGAUUGGUAAUUUCAAUUAUUAUCAACCAUCCGAGAAAAUAUUAGAAGUGUGUCAGAAGUUCUUAGAAGAAGGUGUGAGAAGUAAGAAAUUGGAUCCUAACUAUAAGGUAAUUGGCAGGAAGCAAGUAAUGAAUAAAGAAAACAAUCCUGGGGAACACCUGUGGAAAAUAAUAAGAGAUUGGCCUCGCUGGACAAAUUGCGUCAGGGACGGGUGUUCUGAAAGGCUUUGUAACAGAGCUAACUAUUUAGCACACUGAAAGAAUGUAUUUUUUAAAAUUUCAAUAUUCUUUUUUAUUUUCAUGCCAUGUACAAUUAAUGUAAAUGUACAGUGUUUUAAGGUAAGAGGAAUAUAUGCAUGUAACAUCAUGUCAAAAAAUCAUUGAAGGUGUGAGGAAAAAAGAUAUUAGAAGAUAAACUAAAUGCAUUUGGUGUUUUCUGAUUUAAAUUAACUUUAACAUAUAUUGCAUAUUCACAUACAAGUUAAGAAAUGUGAAUUUAUUCUUUGAGGUCAGAAUUAAAUAAAUUCAUAGUAUGAAGUUGCAGAGUAUGAAAUUCAUAGUAGCCAUAGAGUUAUUUUCUUUUACUGACAGAAAGAAAAGAGAACUCCUUGUAAUAUUUCAAGAGAAGAACAAUCUGAAAGUUUUCUAGAGCUCCAUAAUCCCUGCCUUUUCUUUCGUACAUAGUUGAAUUAUUCUGAAGAAUACCAAUGGGUGCGGAUAGCAACUUUUGAAAACAAGACAUUUUGCUCUUUGGCAAUAGAAAACUUUGAAUUUGCAAAUUAGCUACAGAUUUCAUUUUUUGUCUUGCUGAUGAAAUAAUUAAAACCCUACUCCUUUCACAUCUAUUCAAAUGCGAGAUCAAGGCAAAAUGAAGAUAGAGAAGCUACAUUUAUUAAAAGCAAAAUUAGGAACUCUUUUGAACAACUUUGAUCAAGGGAUCAAAGGGAACUAUAAGAAAAACCUGAUCAGGAUAGAGGUCAUUGACCCAAAAGCUGCAAUAAUUAAUUAAAAACAUACAAUUUAAGGAAACUUAUUAAUAAUAAAUUUAAUAAUGUGAAUAUUACUUUUGUUUUUGA